UACAAGGGGAAGUCCUGGUCCGAGGAACUAGCCACCUAAAGACAAAAUAACACCUGAAACAGACGAAGAUCUGGAUUAAAACACAUUAUGGAAGCGAACAGACCACACCAGACAGGAGUGACCACAGCCGGAGAUGCCUCUGGGACAGAAGAGGAGGCUAAAAAGACAGCAGCUGCAGCCCAAGCAGUCAACCGCCUGCCUGAAGUUCGACUGGUGGUGCUGGGUUGGAGGUGGCCGGGGAAGAGCCUGACGGGCAACACUAUCAUAGGCCGAGAGGAAUUCCGCCUGGAGCGAGCAGCUGAGUUCUGUGUGAAGAGGCAGACUGAGGUGCAGGGGCGGCAGGUGAUUGUGGUGGACACUCCAGGGUGGUUCUCCGCCCAGGAUACACCACCCUCUUAUAAACAGGAGUUAGUGAGAGGAGCUUCUCUUUCCACUCCAGGUCCACAUGCCUUCCUGCUGGUCAUCCCUGUUGGCAUGUUCACAGAGGUGGACCGUGCACGCAUCGAGGAGCAUGUGAGCCUCUUUGGGGAAGGUGUGUGGAUGCAUACGAUUGUGGUUUUCACCUGGGCGGAGGUGUUGCGGACAAUUUCAAUUGAGAGGUACAUCCGUAGGGAGGGCAAGGAGCUGCAGUGGGUGUUGGAAAAGUGUAAGCGAAGGUACUUCGUCAUAAAUAACUGCAUAUUUGGGGAGCAUCCCCAGGUAGGACGUUUGAUGGAGAGGGUGGAGAAGAUGGUGGCAGAGGAAGGGGGCUACUACAACCCAGAGGAGGUGGAGAAAGAGAAGAAGAAAAGUCUGGAUGAGAACCAAAACACAGCUGGAGUGGGGCGCGAUCUGGGGGCACGCCCCAAACAGAACUCUGGACUGGGUUUGUCCAAAGCCAUGGAGGUGGAUCCACUUUCCAAUUAACCAGACACUCUUGACUGAUGGACCGUCUAAACCACGACUAACGGAGCCUCUGCCUUGCCGUGCUGAUGGCAGCGCUGCAUAUUUGACGAGACAAAAAAGGGUAAUCAACCGAAAUGUUACUUAAUGUACAAACCAUUUAUUUUAUUUAUUUUUUUAAUCAGACGUGACUGUGUGUGCUUUCUUUAUUAUAUAGUAUCUUUUCACUGAUGAUAUCGGAGGCCUUUUCAACUUAAAUGCCCUUCUCUCUUGCUGUUCAAAGAUUUAUACUCCCCAGUUUUAACAUACAAUAUUUUAUUUGUUAGUGUGGCGUCUUUAAGACUGUGUGAUGGGAUGGAUUUUAUUUAGUCUAAAACAAGGAAGCACAAGCUGUUACAUACAGCAGGCAACCGCCAUUAUUUUUAAACCCAGUCUAUACACUCCUUAGUCAUGGCGGAUACCAAUGGCAGAAUUGCACUACUAAAUUGUUUCUAUAAUAAUCUGCUGAUGACUGUUGAGGGAAUUGCUUUUAUAACGAUUCCCAUUUGUUGUGACCAAACUGUAAAUGCUUUUCUCAUGCUGCGAUGUUUAUUACACUCUCAGUGUACAGUUGUAAAGCACUUGAGCAGUUAUUGAUUUUUGUCUGUUGCUUUAAAGCAGCGGUUUUACUGGCUGCCACUUCCACCGGGUUGGCCGGUGAGUUACUCUCAGAGAACCUGGGGUUGUUAGAGAUAGUGACAGAUCUGAGUGGUGUGACUCUUAAACCCAAUCCAAGGUUCUGCAAAGUAAAUAUGUUAAAGCGUCUUUGUGUGGAAUUUCGAUGUGGUUAUCACAUCUUUCAAAUGAUUCUGAAAGCUUAAAGGUACCCUGUGGAGUUUGUGACCACUAGUCAUGCUACGGGGCAAUGUUUGUUGUUUGAAAUGCACUUAACAUGUUUUGUUAGACCUCAAGGAUACAUAGGGUAAACGUAACUUUUGUUUGUUUACUAAACUCCACAGGGCACCUUUAAGUUUGUAAUAUGUUUGUAGAAAAAUUUGAAUUUUAGUGAAAAUUGGUUUUGUAAGUAGUAAGCAAAACUCUUUGUUAUGCCAUCAUUGAAUAUUGAGCACCAUGAGGUCCUCAUGUAUACAUAGUAAAUAAGCAUGAGAGCGGGGUCAAAAUGUACAAUAUUCCACAGGGCUAAAGCAACAUUUAUGGCAUUUGUUGGCAGCCAGCUAUGCCAAAUUUAGCACCUUUUCCAAAGAGAUGGUGGCUCUUCCUGACAGGGUAGAGUCAGCUGCUCUGGACAGACACUCCAACAUUGCAUGAGGAGGUAUACAGCGGUUUUAUGUAGGCCUCCUUUGUGAGCCUUACUGGGACUGAUUCCUAACCUCAGCCACCACUUUAAUGAAGCAGUGGUAUGCCACCAUUGGAGGACCCAGUUUAAGGAAAAGCACAGUAGAUGGUUACAUACUGUAGUUAACUAUGGUUGUGUGGCCCAGUUGGAUCACUCCAGUCCUGCCUCGUGUCAUUCGUGUGUCUGUGUACUGUAUAUGGGGCCCUUAUAGGAGUGGCCCAGCUGCACAAAGCAUAAACAGGUGCACAUAGUGUUGAAUCGUUGCCUUGCAUAUCCCACAAUCACAGAUCAGUUCCCUGUGGUUACCAGUAUAAAUGCCAGCAUACCUAGUUCAGACUCAGAGCCCUGCUAGUUUUAGUUUUAACUAACCUGGGUGUAAAUCAGGUACUAAAAGAGGGACUGGUUGGAAAUCUUUGCCUUCAAUCUAUUGUUCUUUGUAAAUGUCACAGAUCAGUUCUCAGUCUUGGCUCUCAGGAUCUAGAUCUUUCUGGUUUUCACUCCAACAAUCGAAUCUGGACUUUUUUCCCCCACUGGCACAUCUAGUGAAUGCAAUCACCAGGAUGGUCAGUUUGAAAACCAGUAGGUCAGGAGAGAGCCAUGAUUUACAACUGACUUAAGGCUUUUUUUUUUAUCAAAGGAAUGCUGUAGAUAGUAUAGAUCCGUUUCUGAAAGCAGCUAUUAGUGUUCUGCGUGAAUGUAUUUUUUAUUCAUUACAGAGUAAAGCAAAUCCAAUGUUGUAUGUUUAUAUAUAGGACUGUUCCACCCAGUGUGGAUAAAUACUGACAUGAGUGCUGACAUUUAAUACAGAAACAUUAGACAGGAAAGCGAUUGACCUAUUGUACACUCAUUACGGAUAUUUUAUUUUAGAUCUAGGGAGUUGAUAUAAACACUCUGAAUAAACACAAUUACAAACACUGCUAAAGAUGUAGCUCAUACUGUAUUUGGUUUAAUGUCACUUGGCAGCACUGUCAGUGACAAGAGGUCAGCCAAUCAGCAAAAAAAGAAUAAGAGAAGAUUAAUAAAGAACAGGAUCCACCAGUAAUAAUGUCUGAAUAUGGCAGACAUGUAUAUUGCACGUUGACAAACUGCUCUGAGUCAUGCAACUUAAUAUAAACUCCUUUGUAGCUGUGUUUGUAAUGGUGAAUUAGUUACUUUAAAAGUCCUUUUUCCUCAAGGGUCAACCUUGUUUGAUCUCUCGUGGUUGAGUCCAGCAUGUGAAUCAAGUUACUCUUAAGAAAUUAAUGAACGAAGCCAAGGAUCCUCUCUGGGCUUUUGCUGCACCCGUUGUGUGUCUUAUUGUCCGACACUGUUCAGAUUUGCUUGUGAUAAAAAAUGAAUGGCUUCAAUUUAGCGAGUGCUGCAUUGUUUAGUAUUUUUCUGUUCAAAUAAAUGCAUA